AGUGGUCACGAGUGAGGUUUGGUUGGUCUAGUCGUCACGGGUCUAGUACGGCCCAAAAGUCUGCGGGAGUCCGGAUCCCCACAGUGGCUCGUUCUUAAGUGAAUCAUCUUCCCACUGUCCUCACUUUGUUUUUCUCAUCAUGUCCGAUAAUCCAUCAUUCGUACUUAAAGGCGUUCUGGAUGUUGAGAUCCAGCAAAAGCCAAUUCCAGAGAUUGACCCCAAUGAAGUCCUUGUGCAAGUGAAGAAGACAGGAAUCUGCGGCUCAGAUGUACACUUCCUUGUCCACGGAAGGAUCGGAGAUUUUGUUGUAGAGAAGCCCAUGGUGCUGGGUCACGAGGCAGCAGGCGUGGUCUCAAAAGUUGGUUCCAGAGUGACCAAUGUCAAAGUGGGUGACAGAGUCGCUAUGGAGCCUGGCGCAACAUGUCGCAAGUGCGAAGCUUGCAAGGAGGGUCGCUAUCAGCUUUGCCCCGAUGUUAUCUUUGCCGCUACCCCUCCUACGGAUGGCACCCUCGCUCGUUACUACCGCCUACCAUCUGAUCUCGCUUACCCGCUUCCACCAAACCUCAGUCUCGAGGAUGGAGCAAUGAUGGAACCUCUUUCCGUGGCAGUCCAUGCUGUCUCGAACCUCGGUGCUUUGCGGUCGAACCAGUCCGUCGCCGUCUUUGGCUGUGGACCUGUUGGACUUCUAUGCAUGGCCGUCGCAAAAGCUCUUGGCGCUUCCCGUGUUAUCGCUGUUGAUAUCGUUCCUAGCCGUCUCGAAUUUGCCAAAGCAUAUGCUGCAACUGACAUUUUCCUACCUCCUCCUAUGGAGAAGGACGAAUCGAGAGUCGAAUUCUCGAUGCGCAAUGCCCAGGCGAUGAAGGAGAAGCUCGGAAUCGCUGAUCGGGGACCUCAGGCAAUUGACCUGGUUUUGGAUGCUUCUGGUGCGGAGGUUUCUAUUCAGACUGGGAUCCGGAUUGUCAAGAGUGGUGGCACCUACGUUCAGGUUGGCAUGGGUAACCCCAAUGUCAACAUUGACAUGUUUGUUGUCAUUUGCAAGGAGCUCGUCAUCAAGGGUUCUUUCCGAUAUGGUGUAAGCUCUUUUUUCACUCUCGGAAGCAUUGCUUGACCCUUGUUGAAUGAAGCCCGGUGACUACCCUCUCGCCAUCGCCCUCGCUACGUCGGGCAAGGUCGACGUCAAGCCCCUUGUGUCGCACCGGUAUGCUAGCUGUCGGAACAACUAUCCAAUGUUUGUCGUGCUAAGUGCUCUCAUAGCUUCCCGUUCACGCAGGCGCGUGAGGCAUUUGAAACUACUCGCAAUGGCAAGAGCCCCGAUGGCAAGGGGGUCAUCAAGGCCAUCAUAUCCGGACCUGAUGUCGACAUCAACGAGGCUUGAAAAACCACAUGAAGUAUCAUGCAUUUGCAGGGAAAACAUAGCACGAACGUCAUUCAUGAUCAUGUAUUUCGAUUAUCAUUCUGUCAUUUGUAUAUUGUAUGCGAAUUGUUGCUGUUCAAGGAGAUGUGAUGGCAUCUGAGAUAUGAUCAGCCUAGUAAAGAGAUGAAGAAAGAACGUA